AUGGCUCUGAUCAAGUGCCAACACACAUGGUUAACAUGGUUAGAAGGAGAUGCAAAAUAUGUCAGAGUAUUAUCUUUUGACUUUCGCAAAGCAUUCGAUAGCGUUCCACACGAUAUUUUAUGUGAGAAGCUUAAGAAGCUCCCCAUAAACCCAUAUGUUACUAAUUGGCUGAUUAGUUUUUUGGAGGAUAGGAAACAGAGGGUAGUGGUUGAUGGAAUAGAAACUGAAUACUUGAACAUUAAUCGAGGUGUUCCCCAAGGAACAGUUCUGGGUCCUGUCCUCUUUUCGAUCAUGGUGAAUGACAUCAAAACAGUUAACCCCAUAAACCAGUUAAGUUCGCGGAUGACAUGA